AUGGCAGCAGCAGUAGCAGCCGCGGGCGCCAGUACUGAGCAAGAUGGGGAAAAAUUAAGAAUAGCAUGGAAAGAGAAGUUGAGUACAUCUUCACAGAAUGCACAAUCUGCCCCAAAUGUAGCCCUUCCGGAUGAAGUGACGAAGAAAGUGAACGAAAUGUUGGACGACCUCGGGCCCUACGUGAAUUGGGUGUAUGCCGCGGGAGGCAAAGUCGCCAGUGCAUGUGGAGAACUGAAGGCCCCGGGGGAUAAAAGUGGGAAGGGGACGACAACAGAUCAAAUGAAGAGAGUAUGCAAGACAUUAGUGCAAGCAGUCCACUGGAUGGGAAAUUUGGAAAAGGAUGGAAAGAAGAGGACGAAAGGUAGCACGGCGGAGGACGAAUGGAAACAAUAUUUAAGGUGUGUAAUAGGAUAUGAGUUCCUGUUAAGAGUACUUUUACCUAAGUAUGAAGUAGAAAAAUUUAUGAAAAUUAUCUUCGAUACAAUGGAAAGGGGAGGUACUGAAGGUGCACUGUCAAGUGCGGGUGGUAUAUGUCCUUGGGUUAAAGUGGACGAUGUGAGGGGAACAGAGGAGCUAAUUGGGUCUCAGGUACAGGAAUGGUUAAAUAAUGCAAAGAAGGACAAGAACGAGGGGGGUAUUGAGGGGUUCGAUAAUAUAGUAGCAUGGUCCAGGUAUGCGGAGGGAACGGCGGACAUGGAGGAAGAAAGGGCCAAGCGAAAAGGAAAAAUUUCCCAGAGUGAUAAAAUUAUAGACCUACUUCGAGAUGGUGUAUCAAAUCCAUUAGAAGUAUUAGUCGACCAAAUAGCAAAGGCUAAUCAUUGUAUCGAGAAUGCAGAGAAGGAUGCCAACAGCGGCAAAGAGAAUGCUCUAUGCAAUCGCUUAAAAUGUAUUGAAGAAUACUUGAAGAAACAGCCACUACCAGGAUCUCCAGGAGGACCAAAAACAGGACAACUGUCAGCUACGGAAGACUUUUGGAACAAGAAGGUAAAGGAAUUAUGGGAAGAAUUAGCAGGUGCAAUGAUGCAGGAAAAUGGCAAAACCACAAACGCAGAAUGUACUAAAGUGAAAGAUGGCAGCAGUAGCCCGAGGGAUGCAACUCAUUCUGAAAAGACGGCAUGCAAUUAUUUGCAUGCCGGCUUUAAAGAACUGUACAAUCCGUCGACGCCUGACGGCGUCGACGACAUCCUAUCUAAGAAGAACCCAUCGUUCAGACAUGCGAUGGGUUGUUUCCUACUUCGCGCCUAUGCAAAUGAAAUGAAGAAGAGGUCCACUUGUCUUAUUGAUAAAGGAAUAGAAAAGGCAUUCCAGCUUGGGAAGGAACUCAGUAAUGGCAGCACUGGUACUAAUGCUAAUUGCAAUGGUAAUGGAAAAUGCAUUCCAUGCAAAUGGAAUGAAAACGCUUUUAAGGAUUGCCAAGUUAAAACAGAAGACAAUGGGGUGGAGAAAAAAGCAACGGAGGUAGUGGAAAAAAUUGUCCAGGAGGACACCACCAAAAUAAAGGAUAUGCAAACCAAAAUAAAUGAUAUGAAAUUAUGUGAGCGCUUCCAAUGUAUAUCCGAAAGAUGGCUGAAGAAGGAUAGAAGCAACGGCGACCCCCUCACAUCAGCCGACUGGGAUAGGGUGCGGAGUAAAGUCACAAGUCAAAUCGCUGCCCUCGGCGAUGCCCUCAAGGACGCCACAACUCAAAAUAAGAGGACAGAAUUUGAACUGUACUGCAAGGACAUUCCAGCGGUUAAUGGAAAGCCUGCAGAUAAGGAUGCUUGCGUCCUUAUUGCAGCAGGAUUAAGGAACCUCUACAAAACUGCUGGUGACGGCGUUGAAGAAUCAUUAAAGAGGACGAUGCAAUGUGUUUUAUUAAAUGCCAUUGCAGAUAAAAUGAAAGAUAAACUUCCGUGUGAACAGGAAAGGAGUGUAGAGAAGGGGAUUGAUCAUGCUUUUGGACAGAGUGCUACUAUUAAGAGUAAAAGUAGCGCUUGCGGAACUGAUGAUAAGUGUUUUACGUGUCCAAGGUUUAAAGACUAUAAAGAAUGCCAAAUUAAGGAAAAUGACAGUUCGAAGGAAGUGCUUCUGAAGGACCAAAUUGACCACAAGUUGGAGGAUACUAAUCUUGCUAGUACUACUUCCUUAACGACGUCUUCUCUAACCAAGACCAUAUGUAAACCAUGUACUGGGGACGAGAAGGGGGAUUUCUGUCAAGAACUUAAUUGCGUAGUAGAUAAAUGGGGAGAAAGGAAGAAUGGAAGCUCAAGCGGAACGACUACCUGGGAAAAGAUGAAGAGUGAUUUUGAAACAGAAUUAAAGCUACUACUGGAAGACAUGCAAAACCCAACGAAGCAGGCCGCUGUUGCAUCCAACUGCACCGGCGUCAGCGGCGGCCAAACAUGGAGCGAUAGCGACGCCCAUGGCUUCGCUAACAAGACCGCCUGCAAGCUUGUUGCAGCAGGGCUGGAACAUAUAUCUAAAAUUCAGCAUGAAUAUAGUGGGGAUCCCAAGACGGGGCAACCUGAAAAAAAUGAAAACCCCUAUGAUAACCAAGAGUUUAAACAAUUCAUUUCUUGCUUAAUGCUAAAGGCAGUUGCACAAAAAAUGAAAGAAGACAGCAAAAUUUGCGAUAUAGACCAAGGGAUUAGGGUCGCUUUUACAAAGGCACAACAAAUUGCAUCAACUAACUGCAAGAAUGGUAAACCUUGCAUUGAGUGCAAGUUGGCGGACAAGUAUGAUGAGUGCUACUUCGAUAAGAAGCAGCAGGACAAAGUAAAUGACAAAUUGGAUUCAUUACUCAAGACGCAAGGAAGCGACGUCAAUAACAUCCUCUUCACAAUAACUAAAACAGGCGGAAACAGCAGUUCUAAUUUAUGUCUCCGUCUGCAAUGUCUGGCUUCUCGAGUUCAGGCAUCCAGCUCUGCGGACGAAUUCUGGACGAAUGAAGGCGAAGUGGGACAACUAUGGACACAAUUGUCGGAAGCAAUGAUACACAAUGCGGACAAGAACAACGGACAAUGUAAUAUAAUGGAUAAUGGCACCACGGGUGCCAUGACUAGACAAGCAACUGACCCUGAAAGAAAAGCAUGCCAAUAUCUUACAGCAGGUUUCACCAAACUAAGAACUAUUUCGGCGACCACAACGAAUGGAGGAAACAACAUCUUGGAUAAGCAUCCAUCGUUGAAACAAACAGUGGGUUGUUUCCUUCUUAAGGAAUAUGCAAAACAUAUGAAAGACAACGCCAAAUGUUUAGUGGAAUCAGGAAUAAAAAAAGCUUUCGACAUUGCUCUUAAAAAUCUUAAUGGUAGUUGCACUGGCGAGGGACCUUGUGUUCCGUGCCAUUGGAAAGAGAAAGACUAUGACACUUGCCAAAUUCACACAACUGGCCCCAACAUAGAGGAUGUAAAAAGGAAAGUUCAAGGCAUUGUAGAGACCAAAUCUGUACCUAAUGCUAUGGAGGACAUAAAUAAAAUGACCACUUUAUGCGAUUAUAUUAAAUGUGCCGCACCCAAAUGGUUCCAUAACCAAAAGAACAGCAAGAACCAAGGAGGGAAUGGAACGGCGAAGACUUGGUGUGACUUUUGGGAGAAUGAAGGCGUCAGACCCGAACUGAAGAAAAUGUUUGACAAGAUCGCCUCCGAAGGACAGAACAAACCAACGUCAAUCACUAUUGGCACAACAUGCCGAGGCUUUGGUGAUGGUAAUCCUGAUAGUGUAGAAAGAAAAGCAUGUAAUCAUAUCACAGCAGGUUUAGAAUACAUUGAUGGCAUUAAGCCUGAUGUUAGUGGUAGUGGUAGGGGUCCUAGCACUCAGUCUAGUGGUCAAGGCAACCAACUGCUUCAACAAGCAGUUGGUUGUAUUGCUCUUAACCUUUAUGCUGAUCAAAUAAUUGCAAAAUCGAGUGAGAAAUGCCCCAUUGGUGAGGACAAAAUAAGUAGAAUGUUUACUGAUUGGAAUACGCAGCAUAAUUCUUUGUCUUCGAAUUCGUGUAAUGAUGCUAAUAAAAAUAAUUGUUUUAAAUGUGAUAGGGUUUCGAACUCACAAUUUAAUGAUUGCAAACUAAGUGUUUCCAACACUUUAAUUAAUGCAACACAAAAUGUGCAAAAUUGUACUUCUAACACCGGCAGAGAAAAUGUCCAAACUGAAUUAAACAAAUUCCUCAACGAAAACAACCCAUCAUCAUCCAAAUCCAUCCCCGAAGUGAAGAAAACAUUAUCCGAAAUCAAUAAAAUGGACUCUUUCUGUAGUCAAAUGCAAUGUGCAGCAAAACAAUAUUACGUAAAAGCAAUAAACAAAAAUGUAAAUAGCAGCGAAGUGAAAUGG